AUGGCAUCUCCCAUCAAUGGCAUCAAGAUUAGUGGCGAGUCAGAUCCCUCAAAGAUUAUCAAGGUCAUGGCCAACGAGGGCAAGUCCGGAGCACCACACGAGCUCGCCUAUACAAACUGUAAAGUCAUCGGAAACGGCUCCUUUGGCGUUGUCUUCCAGGCAAAGCUAGUCAGCAACGGCGAGGACGCUGCCAUCAAGAAGGUCCUUCAGGAUAAGCGCUUCAAGAACCGUGAGCUCCAGAUCAUGAGACUCGUCUCACACCCAAACAUUGUCGACCUUAAAGCCUUCUUUUAUUCCAACGGAGAUAAGAAGGAUGAGGUCUAUCUCAACCUUGUCCUCGAGUACAUCCCAGAGACCGUCUACCGUGCCUCCCGCCACUACUCCAAGAUCAAGCAGACAAUGCCAAUGCUUCAGAUCAAGUUGUACAUGUACCAGCUGUUCAGGAGUCUCGCCUAUAUUCACGCUCUCGGCAUCUGCCAUCGUGAUAUUAAGCCUCAGAACCUUCUUCUCAACCCCACGACCGGAAUUUUGAAGUUGUGUGAUUUCGGAAGUGCCAAGAUCUUGGUCGCCGGAGAACCAAACGUCUCGUACAUCUGCUCACGCUAUUACCGUGCCCCUGAGCUCAUCUUUGGCGCAACCAACUACACCACCAACAUCGAUGUCUGGUCAACAGGAUGUGUUAUGGCCGAGUUAAUGCUGGGCCAGCCCCUCUUCCCCGGCGAGAGCGGAAUCGAUCAGCUGGUUGAGAUCAUCAAGGUUUUGGGAACACCUACAAGGGAGCAGAUCAAAACGAUGAACCCUAACUACAUGGAGCACAAGUUCCCUCAGAUCAAACCUCACCCCUUCAGCAAGAUCUUCCGCUCCAGGACACCACCAGAGGCUUUGGAGCUCAUCUGCCGACUUUUGGAAUACACGCCCUCGCGCCGAUUCACUCCCAUUGAGGCGAUGAUCCAUCCUUUCUUUGACGAGCUCAGGAACCCUGAAACGAAACUCCCCAAUGGCAAGGACCUCCCACCUCUGUUCAACUUCACUCCUCUCGAACUAUCGAUCCGCCCAGAUCUUAUUCCCAUGUUGGUCCCCCGUCAUGCCGAGGCAGAAUUGAGCUCGCGCGGAAUCGAUGUGCACAACUUUGUGCCCGUCCCACCCAGUGCAACUCGCAUUUCUCUGGAUUAA